UCUGCAAUGCUAACAUGGUUUAUUGUACUUUCACUGUACUUUAUUGUAAAAUACUUAUACUAGUAUAAUAUUUAAGAAAUAAACACAACUAGCACCAAGGCAAUUGAAGGAAGCGAGAGAUCUCAAGGCUUGCUACAGUAGUUCCUUUUAAGUGAUGCAACUGCUGGUAAGCCCCACCCCUUUUCAACACAGACACUGCCUUCCUUUUUCUAGCCUGUCCUGUACCUUUCAUUCAGUUCCUGUUUGCAGUUCAGAAGCCCAGCAGACGAGACACUUUGUGAAACUCAAACAGUUUGUUUUUCUUCGAGGUACACCGUUCAUCAGUGAAGGAUGUGGUUACUUCAGCAGAGCCUGAUACCCCCUGCACAGGCGUAACAGAGAUCUCUGGACUUGGCACACAGCGGAGUGAACUGGUGGAAAAGGAGAUGGACUAUGCAAUAAAGCCUUUAGAGUCCCAGGAGAUGUUUUAAGAUGCAGCACACCUCGUGCACCGAGGACCGGAUCCAACAUGCCCUGCAGCGGUGCCUUCACGGGCUGGGCAGAGACCCCUCCUCCAUGGACACAUGGACAGUGGGCCUGUGUAUGAACCGCUGGAGCCUGGAGGAGCUGGUGAACAGAGACCCAGGAAACUUCCUCAUUCUGCUGCAGCAGAUACUGAAGAGAACCAGAGAGGUGCAAGUCAAUUCCGAGUAUGUUCUCGUUGCCCCUUUGGCUUUGAUGUUCUUCUCUACACUUCUGCGGACUCCCUUCUUCCCACCGGACUCCACACUGCUGAAAGAAGCCUGUGAGAUAUAUCACAGCUUCCUCACCUGGCCUGAGCCCUACUGCAGCGUCUGCAGAGACCUGCUCACAUUCAUCCACCAGGAGCUGAAGGCACCAGGGAUUUCCUACCAGAGGCUGGUGAGAGAAGAACAGGGAUUAGCCACUGAGAAUCACCCACGCAAAACAAUAACGGUCCUAUUGAUGAACCCUGCUGACGUCCCCAAGGAGUACCUGUCUAUAGCGGAUCAGCUCAGCACAGUGGAGCACUCCCAGAGGGACUCCUACAUCACUCUCAUCAAACACGCGUAUCAGUGCACCUUCGGCACCAAGUACUCCCUCAAAGACAUACAGAAGACACUAGAGUCUAAGAAAUUAGAAGAACUUGUGGAGAUCUUCUCAGCUAGCACAGAGAUCCUGGAGACAGCCUCUGCUCUGGAAGACAGUGUCAAAUCCAGGGAGUUCAUACAGGGAAAACUGGGGGAGCUGAGGGAGAAGGCUGGAAUUCCUGCAGAAAAUGGAAACACACCAGCAGGAGAGAAAUCAAGCAGUACCAUACAGACUUUGCCACUGCUCAUUGCCAAGUGCCAUACUUACCACUGGGACAAGGAUAAUUUCGAUGUUUUGAAUGAGAUCCUCCGCAGUGAGUGUGACCUGCCCCCAACCACCCUGGCUGAGCCGGAGGAAGAAGAGCUGGAUGAUGAAGAGGAGGACAUAGAGGACGAAGUUGAAAUAAACGACCAUCGAGCCUCCACCUUCUCCACCACUUCCAAAGACUCCAUGUUCUCCACUUACUCCUUAGCCUCCAACUGCUCCAUGCCCUCCAUGCUGUCAGUGGCCUCUGGGGUGGACAGUGACUUCUGCGAGGACAUGGACGAGGACAGCAGGCAUGAGAAGCAGAGCAAAGUCAAACCGAAACUGAAGAAGAGGAUUUCCAUGCUGUUCAAGUCCAAGAGCAGCCAAUCGCUGCGCCGAACGGAGAGCCUGGGAAACCCAGAGUCCAAGAACAACUUUCCGGUCAAGUCCCGGUCCAAUUCUCUGCCGCAGCAGGCGUGCUUGAUGAGAGCCGAGAGGCAGUCCCUGAAGACCACCUGCUUCCGACGGAGGCCCUUCCUGAGCUGCGACGACGACAGCAAAGCCACGACACUCAGGGUGGUCGUCUUCGGAGCUGAUCAGAUCUCUGGGAAAGUGGCGCGGGCGUACAGUAAUCUCAGACUGCAAGAAAGCAGGUGUCCCAGACUGACGAGGUACUUCAGGUUCCAGUUCUAUUUCAUUCCUGUAAAGAGGAACUCCAGCUGCCCUGCAGUGCCAGGUUCAUUCCCUAACAGUGUGCCAGACAGCCCUAUGCGACCAGCAGCACCCAUGGAAUUAAACCUAUCUGGUUUGGAAGACAGCACCAACGAUAUUGCACAUUACAUUGGAAUGCUAGAUCCCUGGUACGAUCGCAACAUCCUCAGUUUACUGAGUCUGCCCAUUGGUGUUCUAUGCCAGCAAGCCUCCAAGAUCGAGACUGACUCCUUCAACAAUUCCAAGCAACGGCUUCCCAUUUUAGCAGACAUGGUGCUGUACUACUGCAGACAUGCGGCUCACAAUGCACUGGUCCAGCUCUACCAGGCUGAGUUAACCCUAGCUGGGGGUGAGAGACGCACAGAGGUGUUUAUCCAUUCCCUGGAACUGGGGCACACCGCGGGAACACGUGCUAUUAAAGCUUCAGGGCCUGGCAGUAAGAGAUUUGGGAUUGAUGGGGAGCGAGAAGCAGUUCCUUUAACACUUGGAAUUGUCUACAGCAAGGUGUCAGUAAGCAGCCGGAAUCAGUGGAACAAUAUAGAGAAAGUUUGCACAUCCGUAAACCUCACCAAAGCCUGCAGGAGGCCUGAGGAAUUAGAUUCCAAAAUGGAAUGUCUUCAGCUGACAAUGACCGAGGUACUCAAGAGGCAAAACUCUAAAUCCAAGAUGAGCUACAAUCAGCAAAUGAACACCACUCAGGUGAAAGUGGACAAGGUGCAGGUUACAGGGAGCAACAGCACCACCUUCGCUGUGUGCUUCGACCAGGAUGAAAAGAAAAUCCUGCAGAGCGUUACCAGGUGUGAGGUGUCGGUGUGCUACAAGCCCGAGAACAGCAUCCUCUGGAGGUUUAGAAGGAAGCGCUCCUUCCAGGAGCAGCCUCCCCAUCCUGAGUUCUGCUCCCUUCUCUGCCUCCCCAUCUCCACCUUCAGUGGAGCUCUCCCCUGAACUGUUCUGCUCCCUUCUCUGCCUUCCCAUCUCCACCUUCAGUGGAGCUCUCCCCUGAACUGUUCUGCUCCCUUCUCUUUAUCCCCAUCUCCAGUGGAACUCUCCCCUGAACUGAGUUCUGCUCCCUUCUCAAAUAUUUUGAAAAAUUAUGGAAAUAGUCUAUGUAUUUAGGAGGGAGGGGAUUUUUAAAAAAUAACUUGUAAAAGACAUUCUGUAUGUAGGAGUUAAAAAAAAAAGCAAAACUUAGGAAAUCAGUUCCUUUUGACUGUGGGCUUCCCUG